AUGUUUUCAAGGUUCACUCACAAGCUACUUGAGAAGCGAGGUAUCGAGAGAGUGCCUGAGACGGAACGGCAUAGUUCUGUGACCACAGCCGACUAUCUCAAAAUGGGCGUUCUGUGGUUCUCGACCAGUAUCACGGCCAACAACGUCGCCGUCGGUAUGUACGGCCCGUUGGGAUAUUCGCUGAGCUUUGUGGACUCUGCCCUCUGUGCCACCUUUGGCUCUUUCUUGGGGGCUGCUGGGGUGGCAUACAUGGCGACCUUUGGACCGCUAAGUGGCAAUCGGACGAUGGUCGUGGCGAGAUAUUUCAUGGGCUAUUAUCCCAGCAAGAUCGCCUGUCUGUUGAACAUCAUUAUUAUGCUUGGAUAUGGAAUGAUCGACUGUUUGGUUGGUGGUCAGAUCUUGGCUGCGGUGGCCGACGGGAAGAUGACUGUUGUCGUUGGUAUCAUCAUUGUCGCCAUCAUCACCUGGCUGGUCGUCGUAUUCGGUAUGAAGCCAUUUCACGCCUAUGAAAGAUGGGCCUGGGCGCCACAACUCGUCGCCAUGUUCGUGCUCGUCGGCUGCGCCGGCCCCAAGUUCGACACCUCCAUCGUGUCCAGCGGGAACACAGCGACCCUGAGCGCGGACCGCCUGACCUUCUUCUCACUGUGCCUCUCGAGCUCCGUCGCGUGGGCUCCCGCGGGCGCCGACUUCUUCGUCUACUUCCCACCGACCACCUCCAAAUGGAAGACCUUCGUGUCCGUUCUCUUCGGCCUGGGCCUGUCCCUAACCUUCGCGAACCUGAUGGGCGUGGGCCUAGCCUCGGGCACCCUGACGAACCCGGCGUGGGCCGACGCCUACGACACGUCCUCGGGGGCACUGAUCCUGGCCGGCUACGACGGGCUCGGCGGGUUCGGCAAGUUCCUGGGGGUGAUCAUCGCGCUGGGCCUGAUCUCCAACAACAUCCCCGGCACGUACUCGGCCACGCUGGGCUUCCAGAUCAUGGGGAGGCACCUGGCGCGGCUGCCGCGCUGGACCCUCGCCUGCGUCAGCACGAUCAUCUACACCGCGUGCGCCCUCGGCGGCCGCAACCACCUCUACGACAUCUUCGAGAACUUCCUCGCCCUCAUGGGCUACUGGGUCACCAUCUAUUUGACGAUUGCGCUCGAGGAGCAUUUGAUCUUCCGCCGGACCCGCGGCUUCGACUGGGACGCCUGGGCCGACCGCGCCAAGCUGCCCCUCGGCCUCGCGGCGCUGGCCGCCUUCCUCAUCGGCUGGGCCGGCGCCAUCGUCUGCAUGGACCAGAUCUGGUAUGUCGGCCCCAUCGCCAAGAUGGUGGGCGCCGACGGCGCCGAUCUGGGCAUCUGGGUCGGUUGCUCGUGGGCCAUGCUCGUCUACCCGCCGCUGCGGUACUUGGAACUGAAGAAGUUUGACCGGUGA